GCAACCCUGUCAGAGUCCAGUGAGAACACGUAGAGACAUGAACAUAAAGCCGAUCUCAGGAAAUGUUGUUAGGGUUUAGGAAACACAUCCCUGCGACGUUUAAGAAACCCGGGUUAUCACAAUGUCGAAGCGUGCUGUAGUCCCGUGCGGGGUGUUUUAUGCAUUACUGUUCGCAGGGGUCAUUGGUUUUGUUCCUUCUCCAACAAACAUCAGUGUUGUUUGUCACAACUUUGUGAAUGUCCUCUACUGGAACUACAGUAACCCAUCUGAACAGCUGAAAUUCAGUGUAAGGGUUGAAGCUUAUGAAAGUGAUUCCCAAACAGUCCCAGACACGACUCGGACGUACCUUGAUAUCAGCAGCUACAGCAGAGAUGUUAGUGAUGAUUACUUAGUGUACGUGACGGCGCAUGAUGGGCAAGAGAAGUCAGAAAGCGUCUCCAUUAGAUUCACCUACAGCAAAGACUUUUUUGAUGAGAAAAAACAUAAAUGCUCUUUGGACUUUCCAGCUGUAAAUACGUCUGUCCACAAAGACGUGAUUGAAGCGUCCUUUCAGCACCCUUUCUUUCUUCAUGAGCUAAACAUUCUGAACGAAGAAUUUAUGUACACAGUCACACAUGAUGAGCAAAAGGUUUCAUACUUUUGUUUUGAGGAGGAGGAGCUGUGUACUGCAGAAAUCCACCUGAACCAAAGCACAGCUGGACAGUGUGUUGAGCUGAAGUUUGAAGGGAAGAUUGCUGGUAUUCCUUCAUAUACCUACAGAAAUGUGUGUGUCCCUCAGCAGAUGCCCGUGACCGACAGAACGGGAUUAAUCGCAGCUGUGUUAGGCGGAGGGACCGUCAUGCUCUUCAUUAUCAUUGGCUUUGUGUGGCUGCUCUGCAGGAAGUUGUCCAAAAUCCCCAAAAUUCCUGAAUUUUUGCGGAAUGUUAUACCUGGCCAAGCUCCUACAACCCAACCCGAGCCAAACGCCAUUUCUGCAAUGACACCUCAGGGACACACUCCCCUACUGACAGCUGAGACUUCUAGUUAUGGUUCUCCCCCCAUUUCCCCGAAUGAGAAAGAAUGCAAAGAAAACACUAUCCUUGAGGAAACAGUAGUGCAUCUACCUGAGGUUUCUGAAGAAGAUGUGAAUUGUGACGACUCUGGAGGCUUCUGCUGGUCGUCUGACUAUGACAGUCCCAAAUUCCUGCAGGAGAUGAGUCCGGGGGACAUUACUGAGGGAUAUGGCCCACGGCCACCAGUACUUUAGGGCUGAACGUGAAAAGAUGGGCAGUUCACACCAAGUCAUUUGAUGUAAUAAUUUUUUGGUCAUCGUUUGAUUGUCUUGUGUGCAGUGUGACAAAACUGCAUCGCACCCAUUAAAAUCAAAUCUAUCUAUAAUGCAGGCAGUGUGACGUCUGGUUCUCACAGUGCACAAUGAUUGAUUGUGGUGAGUGCGAUCUGUUUUUUUGUGAUGUGCCACAGUUUAGAUGCAUUGACCGUGUUAACUACAGCCAUGGUGAGUUUCUCACUAACCUGCAUUAAGAUAAAUUAAUAUGUAAAUAAAAUCAUUUGGCUAAUGGAAAAAACAAAACAAAAAACAGGUGAAACAGGACAUUGUAAAGGAGAAAAAUGGUUAAUGUCCUGCCAUAAAUGUACCAGUAGCAAUAUGUGAUUUGUGUCAAAAUAAUAAAUUCAGCAUAGCUGGAUGAAGUAGUUCCUCAUAUCUAAAUUUACAGACAUUUUCUACAACUCAAUGCAAUGCGUAAUUCAAAAUUUUGGUACACUUGAAAAAAAAAAACAGACGACGAGACCUCUGAUGAGGCCUCCUACAGACAGUGCUGCUUUAGAAAGUUAUGCGAAUCAGUUGAUUUCUAAGUGAAUUGCAAAUAUGACGCUCCAUUAAUCAACCAAAAGUUGUAAAAAUUAUCAUUUUAACUGAAACGCAGUCUGAUGCAGGCAUCCAUUAGCCAAUGAGGAUUUCAGAGAGGUGGGUCCAGAAAUUGCUGCAUUUUCAACAGCAAAACACAUUUUCCACACUCCUGAUGCUUUGUCACGGCCUCUCUAGUGUGUGAGGAACUAAAACUGCAUGUGUACGUGCAUAUGAGCCAUGACUUUUCUGUUUAUUGCAGGUUGUUACUAUUAUUCUUGUUUUUGUCAUGAAACACGUGUCAUAGCAUACAUUUACAUCAGAGGUGAAUGACGUGCUGGAUUCAGUGCUGCUGGAGCUUUCACGUUGGAGAACAUUGCCAAGCUGAAUAUAUCACUUGAUUAUGUCCCUAUAUGCACAUUUCCAGGCAGUGGUUUAUUCUGUAACAUUUGUGAAGUGUUUGCUGUGAUAACACCGUAUUCAGAUGUCUCCUAAAAGCUACAGUUAAUAUCUGCCAGACGCUUCUCUGUAAUUGUUCAAUUCUCUGGCUGAAAAUGUUACACGUUGUCGGUUGAAUAAACAGAACAGCAUUACUCUGAAUGCCUCAUGAGCAAACAUUACACAAUAUAG